AUGGACUAUGCAGCAAAGGAUGAUAAUGUCAUAUCACUAGAAGAUGAUUUUCUUGAUCUCUGCAGGGAUAUACUACUCCGCCUGCCAUUGGAUGAUAAAAAUAUCAGAAAUGACACAAAGAAUAACAAAGAUGCCAUCAAGGAUGUGAAGGAUAAUAAGAACAUCAAGAAGAAAUACACUGUCUGCAAGAUGGAAGGCCAUGAUGAAUCAAGCUGCUGGUUUGAACACCUAGAGAAAUGA